GGCAUCAAUAUGGCCAGUAACACCGCCAUAUCAUUUCCGUAUAUUAAGAUAUAUCACUAGUAAUAAUAACAUAGAUGUUCCUAAACGUAAUGUGAUUUUAGAGUUGGAAAAACGUGGAAUGGUCAACGAAUUGACGAGUCCUGAUAUUAUUAACCACGUAAAAAAACAAACAACGAUAUAUUGUGGUAUAGAUCCUACAGCACCUAGUUUACAUUUAGGAAAUUUAUUAACGUUAAUGGGAUUAUUACAUUUCAAUAUUAUCGGCCACCGUACAAUUGCUUUGAUAGGUGGUGCCACAGGCUUAAUAGGAGAUCCAUCAGGGCGUAAUACAGAGCGUCAACCCAUGUCAUUAACUAUGAUAGAACAUAAUAUAACCGCUUUAAAUCAGCAAUUACGUCGUAUAUUUAAUAAUGGACUUAUGUACGCAUCAAGACGUGGAUUCAUAUUGGAUAGUGAAGUCGAUAAUUUUUCGGUUAUGAAUAAUUUGGAAUGGUUUGGUAAAAUGUCAGCUCUUGAAAUGUUAAGUGAUAUAGGAAGAUAUUUUAGGGUUGGGACAAUGUUAAUGAAAGAAAGCGUCAAAUCAAGGAUGGAAAAUGAAAGUGGAAUAAGUUUUACAGAAUUUUCUUAUCAAUUACUUCAAGCUUAUGAUUUUUGGUAUUUGUAUAAUUAUCAUCAAUGUCGGAUCCAGUUAGGAGGUAGUGAUCAAUGGGGAAACAUCACUGCAGGCAUUGAUUUGAUCAAUAAGAAGAAAAUUCACGACGUAAUUAACGUUAAAAAUAACCAAGAUAAAUUAGAUAAUGCAUUUGGAAUUACUAUUCCUUUGUUAUUGACUUCAUCAGGAGAAAAGUUUGGCAAAUCAACAGGAAAUGCGAUUUGGUUGAAUGAAGAUAUGACUAGUGUUUAUGAAUUCUAUCAAUAUUUUAUGAAAGUUUCCGAUGCAGAUAUAGAAAAAUAUCUUCGGAUGUUUACAUUGUUAAGCACUGAAGAGAUAGCUCAUAUUGUAAAAACACAUAUGGAAUCACCAGAAAAACAUUAUGCACAAGAUAGGUUGGCAUCUGAAAUUACGGAACUCGUGCACGGAUUACAAGGACUUCGGAGAGCCCAAUUUGCUACUAGUAUUUUAUUUGAUACACCAAUCAAAGAUAUGUCCAGUCGAGACAUAAUUGAUGCAUUUGCAAAUGACUCGCGGUGUUUAACUACCGUUAAGCGUAAUGAUGUUUUAAAUUGUUCAAUUGAUCGCGUAGCUGUUGUUACUGGUGCAUGCAAGUCACGUAGUGAAGCUAACAAGCUGAUUAAAUCUGGAGGGUUGUAUUUGAAUAGCAAACGCAUUAGUGAUUCACAAUAUCAAUUGCAAGAAAAUGAUUUAAUUGAUGGUGUCAUUUGUAUAUUUAGAAUAGGUAGAAGUAAUUAUCGAUUGGCCCAAAUUGUUGAAUAA